ACUUUUGAAUCCGUUUUAAGCAAAGCCUUAAUUUGAAUUUAUAGCUUUCAUCACAAAAGAGUAGCCAUUCUCGAAGAGAGAGAGAUAGACAAAGAGAUAUGGCGACAAAGACCGAUGAUUUUGCACCAUUUCCAGUUAAAGAUCAGCUUCCCGGAGUCGAAUUUUGUGUCUCGAGCUCUCCAAAUUGGCCGGAAGGAAUAGUUCUUGGGUUUCAACAUUACAUUGUAAUGCUUGGAACUACUGUUAUCAUACCUUCCAUACUCGUCCCUAUAAUGGGUGGUGGCGACGUGGAGAAAGCGGAAGUCAUAAACACAGUGUUGUUCGUGUCGGGAAUAAACACGUUGUUGCAGAGUUUGUUCGGAAGUCGACUUCCUGUCGUCAUGGGAGCUUCUUAUGCUUACGUCAUCCCUGCUCUUUACAUCACUUACUCUUAUCGCUUCACUUACUAUCUCCAUCCUCAUUUGAGAUUUAAAGAGACUAUGAGAGCUAUUCAAGGAGCUCUUAUCAUUGCUUCUAUAAUUCAUAUGAUAAUGGGUUUCUUCGGUUUGUGGAGGAUCUUGGUCAGGUUUCUUACUCCUCUUUCGGCUGCUCCUCUCGUGAUUCUCACCGCUGUUGGCCUCGUCGCCUUCGCGUUUCCUCAGCUUGCGAGAUGUAUAGAAAUUGGACUCCCAGCGUUGAUCAUACUGAUAAUUUUAUCUCAGUAUCUUCCUCACUUGUUUAAGUGUAAGAGAUCUAUAUGCGAGCAAUUCGCUGUUCUGUUCACAAUAGCUAUCGUCUGGGCAUACGCAGAGAUUUUGACAGCAGCUGGAGCUUACGACAAAAGACCGGAUAAUACACAGCUCAGUUGUCGAACAGACCGGUCUGGUCUCAUUAGUGCUUCUCCAUGGGUGAGAAUUCCAUAUCCAUUGCAAUGGGGACGUCCAAGUUUUCAUGCAAGUGAUGCAUUCGCAAUGAUGGCAGCUACUUAUGUGGCGAUUGUAGAGACGACAGGUUCCUUCAUCGCCGCUUCAAGAUUUGGUAGCGCAACUCAUAUCCCUCCCUCAGUGCUUAGUCGUGGCAUUGGAUGGCAGGGCAUAGGCGUUUUGCUGGGUGGACUGUUUGGGACAGCAACUGGUUCCACAGCUUUGGUUGAAAAUACAGGGCUUCUAGGAUUAACGAAGGUUGGGAGCAGAAGAGUGGUCCAGAUAGCUGCAGGUUUCAUGAUCUUCUUCUCCAUUUUUGGGAAGUUUGGGGCUGUUCUUGCAUCGAUACCAUUACCGAUCUUUGCAGCUCUGUACUGUGUUCUAUUCGCCUAUGUUGCUUCUGCCGGACUUGGCCUUCUUCAAUUCUGCAACAUAAACAGCUUUAGGACUAAAUUUAUCCUCGGCUUCUCCAUCUUCAUCGGUCUCUCUGUGGCACAAUACUUCACCGAAUAUCUAUUCAUCUCUGGUCGUGGACCUGUUCACACUCGUACUUCUGCUUUCAAUGUGAUAAUGCAAGUGAUAUUCUCUUCGGCUGCAACAGUUGGAAUAAUGGCAGCGUUCUUUUUGGACUGUACUCAUAGCUACGGACAUGCCUCGGUGAGGAGAGACAGUGGAAGACAUUGGUGGGAGAAAUUCAGAGUCUACCACACUGAUACUCGAACAGAAGAGUUUUACGCAUUGCCUUACAACCUCAACCGAUUCUUCCCUUCUUUCUGAAAAUUCUGAAAAUCCCGAAAACCCAAAACUCGGUUUUUUCAGAGUGUGAGAAACCUGCAUCUAGAGAGAUACAUGUAUAAUACAAAUAAUUUUUCACC